CGUAACUAAGCUAGCUAAAGACAGCCAGCAUCAGGAGUCACAUACGGACGGAGAAACAAAACCUAACAACAAACUGACAAGAAGUUAUAGCUGUAUGAAGUCUAUUACAAGUAAAAAAUUAGCUUUUUGUCAUUUUUGAACGUGUUUACGGAACCGAGAAGUUGAAAUUAGCUCAGCUGGGGCUUUGUAGAAAGCGACUUCUUUCCUACUCACCGUCUUCAAGAUAUCGAGUCAUUAAAACCUCUGCAAUAAGUCACAGGGGUCGGGUUGACAUCCAAUAAGCUGGUCCUCCAUCAACUCAGAGAUAUUCACAGACCGAGGACUCACAUGGGCAUGAUGGACYGGCAAUAACUAGGACAUCACCCUCAGAGGUAAGGUACACGUUGAUUUCGUAAUGACAAGCUGCUGUGCAGAAGAUGUCCACAUUGUCUGUGACUGAUAUCCCAGAUGUUGGUCAUGAUGAGAGUAAGGUGUUCAACGGGGCCUCUGUGCUGCAGCUGGGCUACAUGGUUCAGGAGAGCGAUGCACUGACCGACCUCUCCCAGCCGGAUGACGUCCCCAUCCCCCCACAUAAGGGUCCUUCACUGACUGAGAUGGGCAGCCCUCUGCCGGGGGAGCCAAAGGACGUUAAGGUGGAUCCUGCAGCAGCUGAUGCAUCCAGCAGCAUAGAUGGUCAGCCAGUGAAGAGGAAAAAGGGCCCUGCCCCAAAGAUGAUGGGCAACGAGGUGUGUAGUGUAUGUGGUGACAAGGCCUCUGGUUUCCACUACAACGUGUUGAGUUGUGAAGGCUGCAAGGGCUUCUUUCGGCGCAGUGUCAUUAAAAGUGCCCAGUACUCCUGCAAGAACAAUGGUCGCUGUGAAAUGGACAUGUACAUGCGCCGCAAGUGCCAGCAGUGCCGCUUGCGCAAGUGUCGGGAGGCGGGCAUGCUGGAGCAGUGUGUGCUUUCUGAGGAACAAAUCCGACUGAAAAAGCUAAAAAAGCAGCAGGAGGAGGAAACGGCCCGCACGUCUACGGUGGCCACACCCUCCCCUCCACAGGAAGUGGCUGCACUCGAUCCACAUCAGCAGGAGAUGAUCGAGAAGCUGGUGGCCAUGCAGAAGCAGUGCAACAAGAGGUCUUUCCUUGAUCGACCAAAAGUGACGCCAUGGCCACAGAGUCAGGAUCUGCAGAAUCGAGAAGUGCGGCAGCAACGUUUCGCCCACUUCACCGAGCUCGCAAUCAUGUCGGUUCAGGAGAUUGUGGAUUUUGCCAAGCAGCUACCUGGUUUCCUAGAACUGACACGAGAAGACCAGAUCGCUCUGUUGAAAACGUCUACCAUCGAGAUUAUGCUGCUUGAGACUUCGCGGAGAUACAAUCCCACCAUUGACAGCAUUACAUUUUUAAAGGAUUUUAGCUACAAUAAGGAGGAUUUUGCCAAAGCAGGCCUUCAGUUUGAGUUCAUUAACCCCAUCUUUGAGUUUUCAAAAGGAAUGAAUGACCUGCACCUUGAUGAGGCCGAAUAUGCUCUGCUCAUUGCUAUCAACAUCUUUUCUGCAGAUCGACCGAAUGUGCAGGAUCACGAUCUGGUUGAGCGGCUGCAACAACCUUAUGUGGAUGCUCUGCGCUCUUACAUCAUGAUAAAGAGACCAAACGAUCACCUGAUGUUUCCCCGUAUGCUGAUGAAACUGGUGAGCCUUCGCACGUUAAGCAGCGUCCACUCGGAGCAGGUUUUCGCCCUACGUCUCCAGGAUAAGAAGCUUCCGCCGCUGCUGUCUGAAAUCUGGGACGUCAAUGAGUGACUGCAGCCCUGAUGUCGCACUCCGUGGCUUUAUGAACCCUGAGACAGACACGGCUUCCCGCAGGAGCACUGAUCACCUGAUCUGGUCAGGGCUCGGUUAUUGCCUUGAGAUAUUUUUUAUUUUCCCCCCUAUUGAGAGAAGAGCGCCGCUGCUCCUCGGCUCUCUAACAGACUGUUAAAUGGUUUUGUGUUCGUUAGAUGAAACGUGAACACAGGAUUUUCUUUAAGUCUAGAUGGUCACCUGAUUGUGGUUAAGUUCCAGCAUUUGGCUUUUCAGCCAUGUAUGUUUGAUUUGCAAUUAGCUAUGCCAGUUUUUAGUGUGGUUCCUUACUCUUCUACUAAUUAAAAUCAGAAGGCACUCUGCAGAUAUUUGCUGCUUUAAAUAUUAGGAAAUCAGAACAACUCGCAUCCUUUUGGAAAGGUGAUUUCUGCAGUUGUGCAGAAAAUGAAAAGGUAUUCCUUAUCGGGCAUGGGCAGAUAUAAACCUAGAGUUUUAAUAUAUCAGUCUGAUUACAAUCAGUUGUGUUCUUGCACCAGAUAGUUUGUAUUUCCUUUAGAUAAAGUACCACUGUCUGAGGAGGGGUGUAGCUGCUCAGGUAAAGUGAUGUGAAGUAAACCUCUGGGACGUGGGAACUUCUUUAUUACUGCGAUAUUUCUUUAACUUUCCUUUAAGUGCAAAAGGGACCUGUGUGGUCAUUAAUGAAUGCCCAUUAAGAUUUAUGUAAAUUUAUAUUUAUUUUCACCUGACAAAGUACAAAUCGAUACUAAAUGCACAAAGUCGUGAAAUUCUGCAAGUGAUUAGUUGUCACUGAUGUCACUCUGUGCUGGUACCUCCCAAAUAUGGUACUGGUAUGUUUUUAGAUUUCAGGGACAUAUUAGUAAAUUACAUUAAAAUAAAAAAUUGACUGUGAGCCUCUUUUCAAAUCAACUACUUUUAUUUUACUCUUAAAUAAGAGACGGAUUCAACGUGUGCAGCAUAUUUCUGCUGCUUCAUUGCUAAGCAGUACUUUUCACCAUGUUUUUAUUUUGUGGUGUUUUAAGCACCAAAACUGUGCAAAAUAUACUGAGUUUUAACUAAUUAGACUGUUAUUGCCAUUUUCUUUAGAUACUGAAAUAUAAAAAAGUAAGUACUUGGUUCAAAAAGUAACACGAUAAAUUCAGUCGAGAGCAGAAGAAAGGAGGACACAAACAUUCAACAGGUUUUCCUGAACUUGAAGAACUAUGGAGAUCUGGAUGUUUAUAUUCUGACUUUGUUUUUCAUGCAGUGUGAAAUUUAAAUGGAUGAUUGAGCAGUUUGAGUGUAAAUUUAUAUUUGUUGGGAGAGUGUUUAUCCUGCUCUGUAUUAAAAAAGUUCAAAUUUGAA